CUCGUAAAGAAUAACCGGGCCGAAAUCGAAAGAGUUCCCUUCUAUUAGACCUAAAAUAAUAUAAAGUUGAUUGUUUUCUGCAUCGCAGCAGAAAUCAAGAGAACUUUCAAGAUGAACGACAGAACUAAGCGCUACAACCUGAGCGACUCUACAAUCCGAUUCACGGCUGAAGAGGAUCAGUUUGACUUUCUGUGUGAAGGUUUUGAUUCCCCGAGAGCCCGGAUGUCCUGCGGACAUGUGGUGACCCCGAUGUCUCUCACAAAGUGGUGCGAACAACUGCUCAAACAGGGAGAAGCCAGGUUUGUGUGCGGUCAGUCUGGCUGUAAUGCUGAAUGGUCUUAUCAAGAGGUUUGUAAAAUGGCCCUGCUGACCCCUGAAGAAAUGAAGAACUUUGAGACGACGAUGGCCCUGAAUGCUGCUGCCAGAGAUCCUAACACAAAGUUUUGUCCAGGCUGCAUGACUCCUGUGACCAGAGGGAGCAGCUCAAACCUCUAUGUCUGCUGCCAAGUGUGUUCAGCAAAGACCGGACGCAGCUUUGGGUUCUGCUGGCAGUGUCUGAGGGAGUGGAAAGGUCAACAGCCUCGAUCCGACCGCUGUGAAAACGACGACUGCCACAAUUCUGCCCUGAAGACGCUGAGAGAGUGUCCAGAAGUCCAAAUUGAGCUAGCGGGAGGAGUCAUAGGGUGUCCAUCGGUCCGUGCCUGUCCCACCUGCGGCUCACUGAUCCAGCACACUGGGAUAGGAUGCACAGAAGUUUCAUGUCCCCGAUGUAAGAUGUCGUUUUGUUUUGGCUGCCUAAAGAAUGCUAAUGAAUGUAUAAUAGAUGACUUUGAUAUUUGCCUCAGUGGUAUUGCCGCCAGACAGACGUCUAUUCCUGUGUGGGAUGGACGUAUAUUCCACACAGGAAUCUACUCUAUUCCAUACCCAUAAUGUGAUGUAUUCAUGAUGAUACAUCACAUUAUGUGAUGUAUCACAUCAUGGUAGUUCAUGAUGUGAUACAUGAGUUAUCACUGUUUUUUUUAUUAUUUACCUGCUAGUUCUUGCUAGUCAAAUCUUUAAAAUCCAACUUUUGCAACAAAUUGAACAAUCUUUGUACUCUGCUUCAAAGUAGCUUCCAAAUAAAUGUUGUUAUGUUGUGAAAUUUAUUAUGAAACUACACAGCUGAAACACCCAUUACAGCAGUGGUCCCCAAAGAGUGGGGCGCGCCCCCUUGGGGAUCAUUGUGCCAUUGCAGGGGGGCGCUGGGAGCAGUCUGGAUGAAUGAAAAAAAGAAAACAGUUACACAAGAGUGUUUAACUGUAAACAUGGUUUGUAGUUUGUUUUGUUGCAACCUGAAGUGUGAAAUAAACUUCAGUGUAGAUUUAUGUCUGGUUGAACAAUAUGUGUGCCAAGUUGAUUUUUUUUUCUUUUUUGGGGGGGAUUUUAUUGUGAACCAUAGGGAGGCCCAGAAGAAAAUCUUUGGGAACCACUGGAUUAAAGGAUGUCCACACAAAUAUGUAGCUUUUUAUGCUGUUAAUGCCUCUAUUAUUGUAUUUGCAUCAAGUAAUCCUGUCACAUUGAAUGAUUCUUUUUAUUUUUCAUUAACCACUCUUUGUCAUUUGAUUGCAUUUUUGUGAUAGUGCAAACCGAAAAUCAGGAAUUGCUGAACAAAUAAAAAUGUUGCUAUUAUUUUUGUUAAAUAAAGA